AUGCGUCGUACAGAGAGUGGCGAGUCUCUCGCCUCCCUCGCAUCGAAUGUCAGCCGGAUAGGCGAUUAUGGGGUUGGUGAACGAGUCGAGAUCGAGGGACGAGUCGGCACCAUCGCCUUCAUCGGACAGACACAGUUUGCUGCCGGCGAAUGGAUCGGAUUAGUGCUGGACGAGGCUACAGGGAAGAACGACGGCUCAUUGAAUGGCAUCCGCUAUUUUGAGUGCGAACCACAAUUUGGGCUUUUCUGUAAAGCUGGCAAAUUGAAGAGGAUUGUUUCGACGCCAUCUGCACCUAUUAGCCCAUAUGCUGCGCAAUUUGGAUUCGAUGUCGGUGACCGUGUGCAAGUUUCCGGCGGGAAAAUGGGGCUGUUGCGAUUCCUUGAUGUCACACAAUUCGCCAAGGAUAUUUGGGCCGGUGUUGAACUUGAGCAACCAAAUGGGAAAAACGACGGAUCGGUGCAAGGCAUCCGCUACUUUCAGUGCAAGCCCUUGUACGGAAUAUUCGCGCCGGCCGCCAAGACGGAAUUGGUCGACUCGAAGCUAUUGAAGAGCCGGCAUAACAAGUCAUCAUUGUUACGAUAUCAGCAAAAACGUGCAGGCGGUAGCAACGAAUCCCUCAACAGCAUCGGUGCCAGUAGCCUGGCUAGCGGUCGGAUCGGAGUCGCACGACGGGGUUUAAGCCAACAGAGAGUAGUCGAGCCCGCAGGCGGAGCCCUCAUUUCACUACGGAAAGAUCUUCAAGAAAAGGAACAACACCUCGAACAGCUGAUGAAGGAAAAAGACAUGGAUUUGCAAGAAAUUACGAAAGCCGAGAAUCAGAUCAAAGAAAAGAACGAGAAAAUCUCCGAGCUGGAGUUCCGUUUUGUGGAGAUGGAGAUUAGUCUACAAGAUGUCACUGAAAAGCUGGCUAAAGUUCAAGGGGAGCUGGAUGUGACCAAGGCCAACAAGUCAGAGCAGGUUACGCGCGUAGAUAUCGCUCCGACGCAAACGGCUCCGGAAACUAACGCCGACUUGGACCAGAAGCUCGCCGAACAUGUCGUUGCAAUGAAAUCUCUACAAUCCGAGAUAACUUCGUUGAACCAGCGCCUGGAAGCAGCUGACCAAGAGAAGGCAAAGCUGGCUGUCUGCAUGGAAGAGGCCCAACAAACCAUUUCGCGACUCGAGGCUGAGAAGCUUGAGGAAUCGGCGCGGUUACAAAAGCAACUGACAGACUUGCAGGCUGCUAAAGAAUCAUCAGCUUGGGUGGCCGAUUCCGCUACACAGGAGAAAACGAAGCUAUCAAACGAGCUGCUGGCAGCUCUAGAUGCGCUUAAAGAGCUACAGGCUGCUCGUGAGAAAGAUGGACUGGAGUCGCAAUCUCUACUUGCCGCUUCGACGGCUUCAUUGGAAGCGGAAGCUGCUCAACGCCUUCAACUUGACGGCGAAUUGAAGAAAGUGUCGAUGUCACUGAAGGAGGCCGAGGAGAAAUGUGCAAAGAUCGAAGCUGAGAAGGCGGGAGCUCUGGAGAAGCUGGAAAAGUCGCUCCGAGAAAUCGAAACGUCAAAAUUCUCAACUUCCGAUGUGAUUGCCGCCUUGAACAAGGACAAGGAUGAGUUGGUCGCGUCACUGAAGGAGGCCGAGGAUAAAUAUGCCAAGGUCGAAGCUGAGAAGGCGGGCGCUCUGGAGAAGCUGGAAAAGUCGCUGCGAGAAAUCGAAACGUCAAAAUUGUCAACUUCCGACGUGGUUUCCGCUUUCAACAAGGACAAGGACGAGCUCAAUGGAGAGUUGCUAGCUGCCAAAAAGCAACUGGAAGAGCUAAAGAACGCUUCGGAGAAGGAAAUGGAGACGUUGCGCAAUGAAUUGGCAACGGCGAAGGCGUCCGCAGAUUCUGGAGCUAUCGAGCGCCAAGCCGUUGGCGAUGACCUCAGGCGGACCCAGGAAGCUCGCGAGCGACUCGUUGAACGUGUCUCGCAGCUUGACGCCGAAAACAAGGACCUCGCCACCAAGUUGGAUGAACAUGCCGUUAUAAUGAAAUCUCUACAAUCUGAGAUUACUUUGUUGAACCAGCGCUCGGUUGCAGCUGAUCAAGAGAAGGCAAAGCUAUCUGCCUGCUUUGAAGAGGCCCAACAAAACAUUUCCCGGCUCGAAUCUGAGAAGCUGGCUGAGUCGAUGCGGCUACAAAAGCAACUGAUAGACUUACAGGCGGCUGGCCAAUCGUCAGCUGGGGUAGCGGAUGCCGCUACUCAGGAGAAAACGAGGCUAUCAAACGAGCUACUGACCGCCCUGAAUGCGCUGAAAGAACUACAGGCUGCUCGUGAGAAAGAUGGGCUGGAGUCGCAAUCUCAACUUUCCGCUGCCAAAGCUUCAUUGGAGGCGGAAGCUGCUCAGCGCCUUCAACUUGACGGUGAAUUGAAGAAGUUGACGACGUCACUGAAGGAGGCCGAAGAGAAAUAUACCAACAUCGCAGCUGAGAGGCUGGCUGAGUCGACCCGGCUACAAAAGCAAUUGGCAGACUUGCAGGCGGCUGGUCAAUCCUCAGCUGAGGUGGCCGAUUCCGCUACACAGGAGAAAACGAAGCUAUCGAACGAGCUACUGGCAGCCCUAAAUGCGCUGAAAGAACUGCAGGCUGCUCAUGAGAAGGAUGGGCUGGAAUCGCAAUCUCAACUUGCCGCUGCCAAGGCUUCAUUGGAGGCCGAAGUUGCUCAACGCCUUCAACUUGACGGCGAACUGAAGAAGUUGGCGUCGUCGCUGAAAGAGGCCGAGGAGAAAUGUGCCAAGAUUGAAGCUGAGAAGGCGGGCGCUCUGGAGAAGCUGGAAAAGUCGCUGCGAGAAAUCGAAACGUCAAAAUUGUCAACUUCUGAUGCGGUUGCCGCCUUGAACAAGUCCAAGGACGAGCUCAAUGGAGAGUUGCUAGCUGCCAAAAGGCAACUGGAAGAGCUGAAGGGCGCUUCGCAGAAGGAAAUGGAGACGUUGCGCAAGGAAUUGGCAACUACCAAGGCAUCCGCAGAUUCUGGAGCCACCGAACGCCAAGCCGUUGACGAUGACCUGAAGCGGACCCAGGAAGCGCGCGAACAACUCGUUGAACGUGUCUCGCAGCUUGAUGCCGAAAACCGGGUCCUCGUCACCAAGUUGGAAAAGGCGAUGGUGGACUACAAGGAACUGGCUGCCAGAAAUGAUGCCUCCGAGUCAGCGCUGUCCUCUACAGCAGAGAAAUAUCGGACACUUGGUGAACAGAUGACGACCUUCACAACGGCAAUGGAUGAUCUCACGGAACGACUGAUGCAAAUGGGGCUCGACCGAGAAGCCGCCCUGGAGGAAGCAGAGCAGCAGCGAACCGCGGCUGCUAAUUUUAAGGCUCAGAUUGCUUCCGAGAUGGAGAAGCUCACCGGCUCAUUGAACCAAGAAAAAUCGGAGAAAUCGGCGCUUCAGGCUCGUUUGUCGGCUGAUGAAGAGAAACUUGCCGCGCUGUCAGCCGAGCUAGCCAAGUUAGGAGAUUCUUUGAAAGUUGUCGACACGGAGAAGAAGGCGAUCACCGUCGAGCUCGAUCAGGUCAAAAAAGCACGAGACUCGUUCGAGGACGAGGCCAAACGUGUUCAGACGGAAAAUGCACUUUUGAAGGAAUCUUCUGCGGCCCGGGGCGAACAGAAUUCGGUAGCGACCUCUGCCGCGAUGUCUCAGUUGGCCGAAUACUCAGCCAAAAAUGCGGGCUUGCAGAGGGAGAUUGAGGCGCUAACCCAAGAGAAAGCUCGCCUACUCAAGGUGGAACAGUCAAUCGAACAACGAGAAAAGGAGGCAGCCGUCAAAUUCACCCUGCUAUGCGAUAUGGAAGCUGAUUGGGAGCGCGAGAGGGCGAAGUUGAAGAAUAAGAUUGAAGAAUUGGAGAACAAACAGGCCGAAGCUGGAGGUCCUACUUUCAGCUACGCUCCGACCGGCAAUCAAGAUGCCGACUUCCUCAACUCGAUCAUCGCCGAUCUCCAGAAGAAGAACGUGAAUCUUCAGAAAGAAAAUGGAGGAUUACGCGGGCUGCUCGGAAAGUACGACGUGGGCGAUAUUAUAUCCCCGAAGGCGAAGAAGCAGAAGGCGCCACGGGUGUAUUGCGACAUCUGCGAUGUGUUUGAUGCGCACGAAACUGAAGAUUGCCCGACGCAGACUUCAAUGAUCGCUGUCGAUGAAAUGGGUGGAAGCGGUGCUUGGCCCGGAGACCUGGUUAUCAGCCCGGUACCUCCCCAGCCAACGGCUGAACUGAAGCCCCGGGUGUAUUGUGUGCGGUGUCAAGCCUACGGACAUAGCCAGGGCACCGACUGCAAGCCGUUCGCCUCGGCCAAGACCCCGAAGAGCGACUACACCUUC